ACUGCGCAUUUAUUAAGUAGUUCGUUAAUUCAUUUCACCAGAAGUUUUACAUUAUAAACACCAGCAUUUAAACUAUGCCGUUUAUCUUUUUUAAAGAUACUUCUUGUUUCUGGUAUUUUUUGUUAAGUAUCUUGGCCAUUUUAGAGCGUCAAAACAGGAAUGACAAGACUUAUAAUUGUGUGGAAUUCUUCUUUUCUAUAAUAACAGGAAGCAAAUCAGAGUAACAUGAUGGAUCUGGAGAUAGCAGACUACGAGCGGACAGUCCAGGCAUUAAAUAUGCAGUUGACAGAGAAAGACACUGCUAUAGGAGAGCUGAAGGUGGAGAUAAAGAGAAAGGAGGAGAGAGUCAAGUCUCUACAGGAACAGAUAGAGGCUGUUGAUGAACAAAGAAACCAGUCAGAAGAGAGAGGCAACAAAUUCAAACAGAUGCUGGUCAAAACUAAAAAGGAGCUUGCUGAUGCUAAGAAAUGGGAAACAGAACAGCGGUCCUCAGAUGCUCACCUUCGAGGUGAGAUGGAGAAUCUUAACCAACAGUUGGAGGAAAACAAGAUAUCAAUGAGUGAGCUGGCUGGAGAAAACCAAAAGUUGAAGGAGAAAACGAAAUCAUUGUCAGACUCUAACCAGCGGACAAUUAGGUCAUUAGAAAGUGCGGGUACACAGUGUGUUGAAGCAGCAGAAGAAACCGUCACAGGAACCAAACGAACAGGAAAGAGAGAAAAGGAGGGACUAGAGAAAGCUGUUGAACAGCUGAAGAAUAAAUUACAGGAAACAAGUGAGGCUCUGAGCAGUACGAAACAGGAAGUGUCAGUGUUACAGGAAGUGUCAGUGUUACAGGAAGUGUCAGUGUUACUGGAAGUGUCAGUGUUACAGGAAGUGUCAGUGUUACUGGAAGUGUCAGUGUUACAGGAAGUGUCAGUGUUACAGGAAGUGUCAGUGUUACUGGAAGUGUCAGUGUUGCAGGAAGUGUCAGUGUUACAGGAAGUGUCAGUGUUACAGGAAGAACAGGACCGUCUCCUACAGAGACACAAUAAGGUGUUACUAGAUAUACAGGAGAAAGAGGAACAGGAACAGAUAAAAUGUCUGCAUGAAGACCAUCGCCGUGCUCUAGACUUGCUACAGCGACAACUUGAUUUGGCAGAAAACGACAACAUUCGCCUGGAAAGGGAGCUGCAGCACCAAGUCCAGCAUGUUUCCAAGAUUCUAUCAGAACAAAAGAGUCCGGAGACAUUCCAAACCGUCCAAACCACAGAAUUCAUUCCGGAUAUGAGACAUGAAGAGAGACAAGAAGGGGAGCGCCCUUGUGCACCCAACACCAAAACACUCCACGAAAUCGUCAUUAUUGACGGAAGGGAGUUACAAUAA